GCCGAAGUCAUCCACAGAAUGCUUACCUGUUUGCAAUUGUAGGCGAAGUCUCAUUUCGCUAAGUGAACUUUGGACCACCGGCAUUCCAGUCUUUCUCCUCGCUACAAUGCUAGAAAUCCCCGUGAUCGACCUCAAGUACUAUAAGGCCACCGGCGACAAGACCGAGUGUGAGAAGGCUGCCGAGUCACUGCACAAGUUUGGCGUACUCUGCGUCCGCGAUGAGGUACCAAUGGCAAUUCUAUUUAAAAAAAAAAUUGUGGGAAGCUCUAAACACUCGUAUAGCGAGCAGCAGACAACGACAACAACAAGUUCCUGGACAUGAUGGAGAGAUAUUUCGAGUCGACAGACUUCGAGGAAGACGCGCGUCCGGAGUAUCACUUUCAGGUGGGUGUCACGCCGGAGCGCAAAGAGCGCGCACGGAACCACUGUGCUCGCGCUGAGAAGCUCGACAAGCGUCACGCUCCGGUCUCUCUAUGCCCUCCGGAAGCCGACAAGAAGAGUCGUUUCUUCUGGCGUGUCGGUGAACGUCCUGCGGAUACCAAGUUUGAGGAACUGAAUGCUGAACCGGUGGUUCCCAAGAAGUUUCCGGAAUGGGAAAGUGUCAUGAACAUGUGGGGCGGCAAGAUGCUGGACGCAAUUACAGAUCUCGUGGAAAUCGUUGCUCUUGGACUCGGUCUGGAGAAGGACGCACUAGUGGACCGCAUCAAGUACGGCCCACACUUGUUGGCACCUACGGGCAGCAACUUCAAUGUGUUCAACCAACUGAACGACGUCCUCGCCGCUUACCACUACGACCUUAACUUGCUGACAAUUCAUGGCAAGUCCCGCUUUCCUGGGCUGUACAUUUGGCUGCGAGAUGGUACGCGCACGGCCGUCAAGAUUCCCGAUGGCUGUCUGCUUGUUCAGGCGGGCAAGCAGAUGGAGUACCUGACGGGUGGAUAUGUACAAGCGGGUUUUCAUGAAGUGGUGGUGGCUGAAUCGACUCUCGAUACAAUCGCUCAGCGCAAGAAGGAAGGCAAGAGUCUCUGGCGCGUGUCCUCCACUCUCUUCUCGCACACAGCAUCCGACAAGACGCUGGUGCCUUUGGGGCCUUUUGCAACACCAGACGCGUUAGCAAAAUAUCCUCCGAUUCUUGCAGGCAACCAAGUUUUGGAAGAGCUUUCGCAAAUUGACCUUGGUACUGGCUUCACCCUCCAUCGUGAAUAGGAUGUCCAGACAAGUACGACUUGCAGUGCGUUCGUGAUGGACAGCACGUUGAAUCUUGUUACGUUCAAUGUACGAGGAUACUCCUCCGUUUUUUUGCUUCUCGCUCUCUCGUAUAGCUCCGUAUUUUCACUGUCUGCACAUGAUCGAAAAAUUACCAACCCCGAAUCUCCAUUAACAACGUCAGCCAUCUAUACCCCGCCACGACUGGGAGCAUGUUAUCGUACGGAUCAGCAACUCAAUUUCCUCGGUCGAUUGUAGUCACCACACUAUCAGAACAUACCGGCUAUUCCACCUAUGCUCCACUCGGUGUCGACAACGUGAACGGCAGGAGAAUCAAGCUUUAGUACACAAAAUGGUUUUUUAUUAACCACCUUUUGGACCCUGCAUCGACA